AUGUCACAAUGGCUGGGUCAUAAAGCACCUGGCUACUUGAACUGGGGCCCUGGGGCUCAGGGCUCACUUUGCCACGGGUAGGCACUGCCUGAAGAAACGUCGCUGCUCCGGGACCACACCUAUCUGUUUUCCCUUUCUUAUACUGAGAGAGGGAGGAAACGGAACUACUUAUACCCCAUCUGCUCCCCCUUUGCGUAUUACUAUUACUACUAUCGCUAUCGCCUCAUCUACAGGCGGAGGAUGGUGCCUUCCCACGGGAGUAUCACCAUGACUGAGCGCGAGAGCCUGACCCUCAGACCUCGCUACUGCCUCCAAUGUUCCGAGUCCUUGGGAGGCGGCCCGGCCGGCAGAGGGGCUAACCAGGGGGACCUGAAAGAGUUGUACAAGGCUGGGAACCUGACAGUGUUUGCUGGCGACCUUCUGCUCCCUGGUCUCCCCGUCCAGCUGGACUUCCAUUUCCAACUCGGUCCCCACAGCUCCGCUCACUGGCACGGACUCCUGACCGACGGCAAGCUUUUCCUGGACACGCCCCGCGGCGCCCUGGAUCAAAACAACCGCGAAAGCCUGACUGCGACGCUGGAAUACGUGGAGGAACAGACCGCCGUGAACCUCGUGUUUGUGAACUUCCAGCCGGCUCGCAGCGAUCGCGGAGCCCUGUUGCGAGCAUUCAACUACUUGGGCUUUGAGGUUGUCAGACCAGAUCAUCCCUCGCUGCCGCCCUGGCAGGACGUUAUCUUCAUGGUUUUCCCGCUGGAGCGAGACUGCUGCCCGGAGCUGGAAUGAGAGUUCCUGAAGCCAGGCAUUCUGCAAAG